AUGUGGGGUAGGGGGUGGACUACUGAAGCUGUUUCUGCUCCACCUGCACAACCUGGAGCGCGGCCAAGUUCCAACUUACGGAUUCGUCGACCAGGCACCUUGGCAGGCUCUGAUGGGUCGUUUAUGCCGUCGAAAGCUUCGAGUUUGGCUUCUACUGCUGUAUUUGCAACUCCACUUCCAGAAACGAAACUGUUAAGGAUGAUGGCGAACCUGAAGUUGUCAAGACUUUCUGCCACCAAUGCAGAUGUACACAAACCAGACUCAAGAUGCAAUGUUACAAACACCGUCCAGACCGGCAAAUCUGCGGGAAAUGUCGUCGAUCUUAAGGUCGAUUCCUCGUCAGGCAUGAUCGUGUAUGCUACAUAUCUUAUCACGUCCGGCACCGGUCUAGAUAGUCACCAUUCCGGCCACCCAAAGCCCUUCAAAUAUUCUAUCAAGCCUCGCUCUAUGAAAGCCGUCGUGCUCAUCGAGCAGAAUGUUAACGAUUAUCGUUGCGAAGAUGAAACCUACACAUGA